ACGAUUCUAGUUGUGACUUGGAACGAGUUAUCGAAGAACGCGAGGAAUGCGUCAAUGGUGCGUACUUCCGAGUCAAAAAAUGUGUAUCCACGUUGUGUAAUUUUACAUUAUUACCGACUCCGACGUAGUCCGAGUAUGCUUGAUCGUUGAGAUACUUUUUUAUUACUUUUUAUUGCGUUGGUGAUGUUCAUUGACAUUUUAGGAUUAGCGUUUAGCGUAGCGUUUCGUUAAAACAUGGAAAGAGAUGAAAGUGAGAGGAUCGCGUUAAUUCAAAUGAGAAAUCGAUUGCUUCUUCUGCUGUGUCAAAGAUCGUUUCAUCCAUAAUAUUCAUUCCACAUAAUUUUGCGUUAUCGGGCACUGGUAUGUACGAAAUUUUACCAUGAUCUCGAAUAAUCUCGUUUCUCUUUAAACCGUUGAUAUUGUAUAAUUCGUUAAAAGUACUGGAAUGAAAUACUAGGGUUGAAAACCUUUAAGUCACUUACUAUGGUCAAUUGAAGACCUUUCUUACGUUGAACGACCUGAGUGUCCGUCCCUGACAAUCGUUUAUAGUAAGUAACCAUGUGUCGCGCAACAUGCGUCCUCGUCGGAAGUCUCCUCGACGCCGCAGAAAACGUCGAACAGGAUUUAGACGACCGAGCGUCGCUUUUCUGCUGAACAAAGGGAGAAUCGAUCGGAUAUAGCGAAUGUUUCAGGCGAGACAAGGAUUCGUGACAAUAUGUAAUAUUAUCGCGUGCUUAAAAGGUGUGGUAGCAGAAAAUUACAGAGAGUCUAAAGUCCCGAUCUAGCCGAUUGAACAUGAAAAUUUCGUUUGAAGAAUUUCUGGGAAAAGAUAAAUUAGCUAUAUUGGGACUAGAGGUUCUCGGGCAUUAGGCUUCGCGCUUAGAAUGUAAUCUAAGGCUUGAUAAAACCGAAUCGAAACCACUGUUCCCUCGCUUUUAGGAUCCGCGAAACUGGAGAACGAUCGAUCGAAAGUGUGAAGCUUAACGACACACAGUGUGUUCGACUCACCUGGUGCUGCUAUUCGCCCCUAGAAUCCUGAGAUACGCGUUUAAUUUCCGAAAGUUCCUCACGCGGAACUGUUCAAAAACUUUGUUUACUUUUUACGUACAGAGUAGACUGCAGUGAAUGAUAUGUGAGCGCGAUGGGAAAAUUCGGAAAAUGCACGCGUAGCGUUGUAUGUAUACGGUAAACGGAUUAAAUAAAUUGUAAUUGUUGUCGCGAUUGUAAUAGAUUCUAAUGUUGUAACGUCGGGAUAUAUUUUUCUCUCGGUGCCGAUGACGCACGGUCUCUAUCAGGUGCACACACACACUCACACACACACAUGCAUCUCUUUUGUCUGUUUUUUUUUUUGUAGAUUCAGCAAUAAACGUAUCAUUUCAACUAAAAAUCGUAAUGUUUUUGGUGGUCGAAAUCAAUAUUACCCUUCCUUCCUACUGUCAUUGUUAGUCUGAUGUCUUUAUUAUUUACAGGUUUAUAUAUAGAAAAUUUAUUUAUAGAAAUAUUUAAAUUAUUUAAUAAUUUAUUUUAAUUAUUUAAUUUACUUACAGAACUAUUUCUUAUGAAUCGUAAUUGUUGUCCCGAUGAUAAUAGAGUCUAAUGUUCUAACAUCGAGGUCCAUUUUUCUCUCGGUGCCAAUGACGUACUUCUAACAGGUGUGCGGGCACAUACACACACACAUCUUUUCUGUCCGUUUCUUUUAUAGCCCAAGCAAGAAACGUAUUGUUUCAAUAAAAAUUUAUAGAGUAAUUUGAAAGAUGUCAUGUCAUUGGUAAAGAAUAGGUCAUAAUCUACGAUUGGGACUGAAAAAAUAUAUUGAAACAUAUAAAUAACAGAGAAAUACACUAUGUGUAUAUGUAUACUACGUGCAAUUGACAAAAUGAAUACUAUCUAUGGAUCACAAUUUCAUAAAGUAUUUAUUAUAAAGUGAUAAUUAUCACGGUCAUUUAUUCAUGAGUUUGGUUUACUAUGCACAUUUGUUUCCUUCAUAAAAGAGCGAAUAAAAAAUUUGACCCAAGAUAGGUCGAUGUACAGUCUUCGUACAGAGGACUGACAUAUAUCUCUUGUGAAUAUAUGUAGCUCAUUCGUUGAUGAAUAUCAGUGUGUAUGGAAUCCCCACCGUGAAAACCCAAGCAAAGAGGAUAUAAACGGACGAGGCCCUAUUCCUGUAGUUCAGUAGAUUAGCAGGUGUUGUAAAACAACGAUACUCUGACGAUUUCGAUUGGAGUAUACCUUGAUUGACAGUGACCAGAAUAAUGAUAGUGUAUGCACUGAUUCCCUACAUUCCUCAACGUUGAUAGUUUUACUACGAAGGAACGAUGGAAUUUUUGGGCAUAAAGUUCGCCCCGUUAAACGUUCCGCUGAAGCGAAGACUGGAAACACUCGCUGUAGCAAUAUGGGUGAUAUUCAUCGCUUUCGGAGAUUUUUGGGCGAGUCUUUUUACAGUAUACGCAAUCUUUUACUCUCCCACGUUACGUUUCUUCAUGCCACUCUACUAUCUUUGGAUGUAUUACGACUGUAAUGCGCGUAACACAGGUAGCAGUAUGCGGUGGGUAAGACUGUUUAGGAACUGCACAUGGAUGCGUUACUUAAGCAACUACUUCCCUGUAAAAGUGGUGAAGACUACUGACAUGGACCCAAGUAGGAACUAUUUGUUUGUCAGUUUCCCGCAUGGGAUUUUAUGCUUCGGGAUUUUGGCAGCUGUCCACAGUUCAAACCACACAGGCCAAAAUAAGUUGUUUUCCAGCCUAGAAAUCCGUCUCGUGAGUCUUGAUCUCCAUUUCAAGAUGCCCUUCUUUCGCGAAGUCGUUUCUCUAAUGGGCUUUAUCGGCAGUGACGCGGAAAGUAUAAGCUAUCAGCUGUCGACGAAGCCCGAGCAGGGAUACACCGGAAAGGUGACGAUUUUGGUACCCGGUGGUGCCGCGGAAUCACUUGAAUGUCGGCCGAAUACCUAUCGUAUCAUAGUAAAAAGGAGGAAAGGAUUUGUGAGGCUCGCAUUGAUGCACGGAACUCCAUUGGUGCCUGUCUUCUCCUUUGGGGAAACGAAUACUUAUGAUCAGGUUUAUGGGCCGGAGGGGUCGCUCUUCCGAAGAGUACAAGACUAUAUUCGGAGUUUAAUUUCACUUGCACCUGUGGUUCUAAAAGGCCGGGGAUUUUUCCAAUACAAUUUCGGCAUCUUACCUCGGCGGACGCCAAUAACGGUAGUUGUGGGCAGUCCUAUAGAAUUACCAAAGAUAGAGGAACCGACGAAAGAGCAAAUUAACGAGUACCAUGAAAAAUUCAUCAAGGAAUUAGUGAACCUGUUCGAGACGAAUAAACACAAGUAUAUCGAGAACGCUGAUUCGGUGAAACUGGAAUUGUUAUCUUGAUAAAAAAACAUGGAACAUUUGAUAAAUAUCUUCAAUAGAAAAAUAAAUAAAUAAU